AAGUCUUCAGGUAGCCUUUGUUCCGCGAGUCAUGGAUGGAGAGGAUGAUGCGCAAGAAGAGGAAUUUGAGGUGGAGGACAUCCUCAGAUAUCGAAAAAACGAGGAUGGCUCUGAGCAGUUCCUGGUCAAGUGGCAGGGCUUCUCUGAGGAAGAGUCGACCUGGGAGCCUCUGGCGCACAUGAACGACAACUGUCGAGAGCUGAUCGCCAAGGCGCGGGCGCUCUUCGCGUACCGGCGGCGGGGCCCGAACGGCGACGCGUCCGGUGCUGGCGAGGUCGCUGUGUCUUCCGCGUCGCCCAACACGGCUGCGACUGCAGAGGCAUCUGCCCCGAGCAUCGCAGUCAUCGAGGAGGACAAGGAGGACGCCCAGGCUGGACAGCCAGGCCUAGAAGAAGCCGCUGUGGGCCAGGAGGAGGAAGAAGAGGAGGAGGAAGAAGACACCGAGGCCGAAGAGGCGAAUGGCGCCGCGCAGAAGGCGCCGUCGCCCGCAGGCGAAGAGGAGAUCAGCAUCAUCGAAGAUGAUGAGCCUCCGGUUGCCAGUGCGCCUCCCUCAAAGCGGCCGGUUGACCUGGGCUUCGUUGGGGCACCCUCGGAUCCCAGGAUGAAGCGGCCCAGACUGAUCCCGCCAAGUGAGGCGGCGCCGGGCCUGGGGGCCCGGCCAAAACAGGCUGAGCUGGUGCCAGGGGCGCGUGCUUGGGACGGAGCCGUGCCCUCCCAAGCCAAGGUGCCGGCAGGAUCUGGGCCCGCCACCAACGGAGUGCGGCACGUACCUUCUUCCGUGCCAGCCAAGCCGUCGACACCGCCUUCACCUGCAGGCCAGCCCGAGGUGCAGAUUCCCGAGCCGCCAAAGCCGCCGCCCAGUCGGGAUAUCAAGUGCCUCUGUGGAGCCUUGGAGACGAUUUCGCCCAACAGCCGUCCGGGCUUGGUGGCGUGCCGAGUCUGCAACUGCUCCCUACACACAGCUUGUGUGACGGGUGUGCUGCAGAAGUCGGUGCCGGCGAACUUUGUGUGUCCGCCUUGCCGCUUGGAGCGCGUGGACGAGUUUCACCCCACUGUUGGUUCCGGCUUGCUCAAGCACAGCUAUGCAACGAGCACGACGACGUUCUCGUUGACAUUCUCAGCGCAGGCCGCGCUGUGGAAGAAGCAGUGCUGGGCUGUGCACCUGCGGUCUGUGCACAUCCACGGCAGCGACCUGAGCGGACCUGCCUGGCCGCACAAGGUCCAGGGCAAGCUGAAUGGCCGGCAGUGCGUGGCCAUCGACCCGCCCAAGCACCUCCAUGUUAGAAGGGAGCAGUGCUACAACCUGACGCCCUUGCUGAAGCAGGGCCUGAACACGCUGGAGCUGCGCUUUUUCCCGAGGCCUGACAAGCCCAAGGAUGAGCCCGAGGAGAACUACUGCGUGGGCGUUGUUCUCACACGCCCCAGGUCUGUCUCCUCCAUCAUCUCCAGAAUACGCGCCCGGUCGCAAGAGACGGUGAGUUCCGGCCGAGCUCGCGUGGAACGGCUUCUGGCGCAGGUGGCCAGAAUGGAAGCGGGGCAAGAGGACGAGUGUGCGGUCACAGGAAACUUCGGACGGACCCUGAAGCCGCUGUGUCCAGUGUCCCACUGCCCCAUCGAGGAAGCGGCGAUUGGCCGCGAGUGCCACCAUAUCCAGGUGUUCGACCUGAACUCGUAUAUUGCUGUGAAUCAGAGGAUGAGGUCCCUCGACAAGCGGUGGACUUGUCCUGUGUGCGGCGGGGCACUGAGACCCGACGACGUGGUGCUGCACCCCUUUGCGCAGGGCAUCCUUGACACUUUGCGCGGAGAAGAAGAGAACGUGGAGGCCAUCGUUUUCAACGAGGACUGCUCCUGGUCGACCAUCUCCGCUGUCAAGGAUGAAAAGAGGGGCACCGAGGGCGAGGAGGAGGGGGCCCGGGCCGAGAUGAUCGAUCUGUCUGAUUCGGAUUGAGCCGCGCCCUCCGCGUCUUACGCGCGGCGCGCGUGCGCAAAUGCGAACGGCCGCUGGAGAGUGGCCAGGGGAGCUUCGAACAUGAGCCACAAUCAAAACCCUUGCC